AGGCUCGAUGUUUUUACUGCGUUUCAUCUCUAACAGCGACAAGCCCUGCCUCGUGCGGGUGGUUUCACUCAUACUUGAAACAUGUGUUUCUGUUUCAGAUUUUUGUAGAGUAAGAACCACGACACAGCAAGUAGAAGUAGGACUAGAACUACACCAGCAACAGAAGUACAUCAAGCAACGUCACGACGAGGACCCAUGAUAAGAGUUUAGCGACCCUCCACCUUAUAUCACAGAUUUAGUAUUACCGCCGGGCUGACCUCCGCAAAAUAAACGUGACGAUGCUGAUACAAACUCCAACCGGGAAGCCGAUGAAGCUGAAGGCUUACAUCAGGCCACUCCUGGAGUACGUUCCGGAAAUACAAGCGCCGGAGAACAAACUCCCUUUCUACACAAGAGCCAGCUACACGAUAGGAUCGCUGUUGGCGUUUUUAGUGGCAUCACAGUACUUGUUAAAUAAUAGCUCCCUGUUUAUGUUGUUCCUCUUCGCUGCAGUUGCAUUUCUCAUACAGCUGCUUUGGCACAAAGUUGUUUUGAUUUGUCGACGCAUAAUUGAUGUUGACGGCGUGGUGCACAUGUGUGUCCACCCCACUAUACAUGAAGCAUGAACAUCAAACGAUAUUUUCACGAAAAAUAACAGGAUUCCUCUCUACGGUCUCGCAGCCGGCGGCGCGGGAAAGAAUGACCCGUUUUACUGGCUCCGAGCCAUUCUCGCGUCGAAUAGGGGGACUUUGAUGGAGCUCGGAAUCGCGCCCAUCGUGACGAUAUGAAAUGCAAAAGCAUCGUACUAGUAUGAACUGCAAUACAAGUUGUCUCAGCAUGGGAAAUAGAAUUUGUAAUGCUGAUUGACCUUAGAAAAAAGAUUUGCAAUGCAUAACUGCAGUGACACUUUUGCAUUUCAUAUACGACAAGCAUGAUACUGCAGUUUCUCGCCGGGUCGAAAAUUAUCGAACUUGACCAGAAUAACCGGGAGGACAGGAUUAUCUACGCCGCCGUGCAGAAGCUCGCCGGUUUGGCGUUCACCGCGAUACAGGCCUUUAUGUACGUGACCAGCGGAAUGUACGGAGCGCCAUCAGUAUCCACAGUAAAUUUCCCGUACGCGUACAAAUGCAGUCUCUGCAUGAGAAAACUGGGCUUCGAUCCUAGUUUAGCAUGACGAAUUGGUGCAAUUUGUGAUGCAUCUUGUACAUGUACGGGCAAAAUUUGUAUUGCAUAAUCAGCGUUAGGCGCGUUUAACGGCGGCGCGAUCGUUUUCCAGCUGACAGUAGCCGGGUUUAUCGUGUUAAUGUUGGACGAGGUGUUGACCAAAGGGUGGGGAAUCGGCUCGGGGAUAAGUCUCUUCAUCACGACAUCGAUCUGCGAAACCAUCGCAUGGAAGGCGUUUUCCUUGGCCAGCGUGCAGACACGUAUAGUUUAUGAUUACAGGAGAAGCUGCUUGGGAUAAUCUGUUUCAGCCCGAUUUUUUCUUCCGUCAAGUUUAUCUCUCUUUAGCAUGUAAAUGUAUUUAUAGCGUGCUACACGAAGCAGAGAAGCGGUCCGAUCGUCUGCUACGACUUUGUGAUGCAAAAAUGCAUGAUGGUUGUUCUAUCUUCGGAUAAAUCACGAAAAACCACCACAACAGCAAACGGAGUGAUGUUCGAGGGCGCAAUCUCCAGCUUCAUCCACCAGCUCAUCUUCACAAAUCACCGGCUUUCCGCCAUUCUCGAGGCCUUCUACCGACCAUACGGAGCCAACAUCACAAAUUUAAUCGCCACAGCAAUCACCUUUGCGGUUGUGGUGUAUUUUCAGGUACUAUAACAAGUGCUCCUGCGAGCAGAUGUUGCCCGCAGGCAGAGAAUCCGUGCGCAGAUACAUGUUACUAUCUUCAGGCAAUUUCAAUUUGUGAACUCGUGACGAAUCCAAUAAGAAAAAAUAACAUUUUGAAACUUCGCGGAAAUUGUUCUCUUCCUGGUAGUGUGUAUGCUGACAUCAACAUGUAGACAUCACAAACACUAAAUCUUGACUGUCUAUCAGGGGUUCCGGGUUGACCUCGCCGUGAAGAGUCAGAGGGUACGAGGGCAGACUGGAAACUACCCCAUCCGCCUCUUCUACACGUCUAACAUGCCAAUCAUUCUGCACUCAGCGCUGGUAUAGCUUUUUCUCUUGUAGUUAUGUCUGCAUGACAGAUUGUGUGACUCAUUGGUGGUUUGCAUGACAAAUAACCGACGAGGACUUUCAUCAAAUUAAUGGGGUGGAAAUUAAUAUACAAAAUCAAAAACCACCAAAACUUGAUGUAACAGAUCUCCAACGUGUACUUCUUUUCCCAACUCCUCGCCCGACGCUUCCGCAACAAUUUCUUCGUGGGGUUGAUCGGCCAGUGGCAGGAAGUGGAGUAUUUGAACGAAUCCAUCCCGGUCGGAGGCCUGGCCUACUACCUGAGCCCGCCCGGCGGACUACUCGACUUCUGCUGGAACCCGUUCAGAUCAGUGAUGUACUGUAUCGCAAGAAAAAACUGUUUCACUGUGAACUUGUGAUGCAGAAAAUGGAUCGCAGAAGUGAGUGUCAUGCCACACAUGCAAGACAAUGGAUUUCUAGCUGUGUUUUUCCUUAGGAACCCCGCAUGACAGAUUUUCAGUGUGGUCACGCGUAACAAACUUGUGAUGCAGAUUUUGCAAAAUCACCACAGUGAAACAUUUUUUUCGUGCGAUAUACUGCACACUGGUCAUCACCAGCUGCACCGUUUUGAGCAAGCUGUGGAUUGACAGUAUUCAAUUUUUCGCUUGUCUUUGUAUAGAGCCCUUCGUAAAGCAGAUGCUGAAUUGCAUCUUUCUAUCAAAAGCAGCUUGAUACCCAACGCAGGCGUGGUUUUUGUCAUGCACAAAACGGAAAAGUACGUACAAUAAAAGAAAACUAGAAACAAAGUAAACAAAAUCCCACAGUUUCCGGCGAAGCCCCCCGAGACGUGGCACGAAAGCUUAUCCUGUGCAAAAGUAUCGUACUCGUAUUGCAAUCCUGCAUUACAAAUCUUUUUGUUGAGGUAGAUCUGCAUUACAAAUUUUAUUUUUCAUGCUGAGGAAAUUUGUAAUGCAUUUAUACGAGUGCGACACUUUAUUUGCACUGCAUAAAGCUCCGCGAGCAGCAGCUCACCAUUGUCGGCUACAGAAGUGAAUCACUCACCGAUGUCUUGAAAAAGUACAUCCCGCAGUGCGCGGCAUUAGGCGGCGCCAUGGUGGCGAUCUUGACCAUAUUCGCGGAUUUGGUGGGCUGCCUAGGGAGUGGAACUGGGAUGCUGUUAGCGGUAAAUUUCACCUACACCUAUAUGGAGCAAUUAGCCCGGGAAGGAGGCGGACUGCCGAACAUGGGGCUCUUCGCGUAGUAGAGUAGAAGUGGCGAGUUGUUGUAAAGACAAGUCCGACCCAGUUGUAAGAAAAAACAAUGUCUGAACUAUGUGCGCCGCAGAAGCUUUUUGCUGUCGCGUAUCGAAACCCAAUGAUGUGCUGAGUACUUUGUUGUCUCUCGACGCAACUCCAACUUUUUCAAAUGUAACGACAAGGGUAAAAGAAUGAAGGAUCAUUCAUUUGAAUUUUUUUGGUCUUAGAUGUAGUUGUGUCAACGUCCCUCCAUGUUGACAUUGUAAAACGCAUGGCACUUAGUCUUCAAGAAUCGCGGUCACAGUUGGCAGCGUAGCAGUAUUACCAACCAACCAAGAAAACAACUUACUACUCUCCCUGUUGUAACGUACCGCGCACCUCCUCCUACGAUGCGUGACUGUGAACUUGAUUUCAAUAGUUUUUGUGUGUGGCUGCAUGGGCCGCGCUCGUCGAGUACUAGGUGCUCCUACUUCAAAAUCAAAAAUGUAAAAAUUUGUUCUUCAUUCGUCUGCGCCGAUAAACGAACGAGAGAUCAUCGGCAUCGACCACAAAGGGAGUUGUCGUGAUU